AUGAUAAAUAGAUUAAAUAGAUUAUGUAAAAAAAAUAUAUUAAAUAAUAUUUUAAAUAAUAACAAAAAUGUUAGUAAUAGAAUAAUAAAUAGGUUUUAUUGUAAUUUAAAUACAACAAAUCUAAAAAUAAAUAAUGAUAAUAAUUUAAAAGAAAGUAUUAGAGAAAAAAUUAAAGAUAUACCAAGUUUAAAUGAAUUUUUAAGAAAUAGUAAUAAUGAAAUUAAUGAAAAUAAUGAAAAUAAAAGUAAAAUUGAAACUGAAGAAGAAUAUGAAUUACCACCAUAUUUAUCAUCAUUACCAAAUGAUAAAGGUAAUGGUAGAAAAGUUUGGAUUGAAACCUAUGGUUGUCAAAUGAAUGUUAGUGAUGAAGAAGUUAUUUGUUCAAUUAUGAAAUCAUCAGGAUAUACUAUUUCAAAUGAUUUCAAUACUGCUGAUAUUGUAUUUUUAAAUACAUGUUCAAUUAGAGAGAAUGCAGAAGCAAAGAUUUGGUUACGUUUAACCGAGUUGAGAGCAAUUAGAAGAAAACAAGGUAGACCAAAUUUAAUAGUUGGUGUUUUAGGUUGUAUGGCAGAACGUUUAAAAGAGAAAUUAUUAGAGUCUGAUAUGAAAGUUGAUAUAGUGGUUGGACCUGAUGCAUACAGAUCAUUACCAUCAUUAUUGGCAACACUCGAAGAUGGUGAGCAACAAACUGCAAUCAAUGUAAUAUUAUCAGCUGAUGAAACUUAUGCUGAUAUUAAACCAGUUAGAAAAUCUGAUAAUCAAGUUUCAGCAUAUGUUUCAAUUAUGAGAGGUUGUAAUAAUAUGUGUUCCUAUUGUAUUGUACCAUUUACAAGAGGUAGAGAAAGAAGUAGACCAAUUGAUUCAAUACUUAGAGAAGUUAAAGAUUUAUCUGAUCAAGGUUUUAAAGAAAUUACUUUAUUAGGUCAAAAUGUUAAUUCAUUUAAUUAUUAUGAAGAAUCAAAUAAUAAUAAUAAUGAAAAUUUUAUUGAUACUCAAAAAAAUAAAUUAGAAUUGGAAUCAUUAAAACCAAGAGAAGGUUUUAAAACAAUUUAUAAAUCACCAAAAAAAGGUAUAACAUUUACAAAAUUAAUGGAAUUAGUUUCAAAAGUUGAUCCUGAAAUUAGAAUUAGAUUUACAAGUCCACAUCCAAAAGAUUUUCCAGAUGAUUUAUUAGAAUUAAUUAAAAAUCAACCAAAUAUUUGUAAACAAUUACAUAUACCAGCACAAAGUGGUAGUAGUAAAGUAUUAGAAUCAAUGAGAAGAGGAUAUACUAGAGAAAGUUAUAUAGAAUUAAUUGAUACAAUUAAAAGAGUAUUACCAGGUUGUGCAAUUUCAUCAGAUUUUAUUAGUGGAUUUUGUGGUGAAUCAGAUCAAGAUCAUAAUGAAACAAUAUCAUUAAUGGAAUAUGUUGGAUAUGAGAAUGCAUUCAUGUUUAUGUAUUCACUUCGUGAGAAAACUCAUGCACAUCGUCAAUUGAAAGAUGAUGUUCCAACAACACUUAAAAACUCAAGAUUAACUCAAGUUGUAGAUACAUUUUACAAAAGAUUAAAAGAAAAGAAUCAAUUGGAGAUUGGUAAUCAUCAUUUAGUUUUAGUGGAUGGUUUUAGUAAAAGAUCAGAAAAAGAUUUCGUUGGUAGAACUGAUACCAAUAAAAAAGUUUUAAUCAGUAAUGAUAUUGAAAAUCAAGAUAUUAAAGUUGGUGAAUAUUAUAUAGUAGAAAUUAUAAAAGGUGAUUCUGAAGUUACCUUAAAAGGUAAACCAAUUAUGAAAUCUUCAAUUCAACAUUUUAAUAAUAUUUAUAAUCAUAAAAAUAAAUUUAUUUAA